AUGUCAGGAUCUAUACUUUUAUUCCCAUUGAUUUCUGAUAGUCUCAUAUUGAAGGAAAGCUUCAAAAUCAUUCAAGUUAACCUUAUAUCGUCGGUUUCUCAAUUGGGGAUGUACGUUUGCUUACCAGUAUUGGGAUAUUUAUCAGAUAUUUAUGGAACUUAUUUGUUAGCACUUUUGGCUAUCUUUUUACUUGUUCCUCCAUAUUUGAUCAAUACGUUAGUCAUAAAUUCCGAUUUUGAUCAUACCAGUAAAUUAAUGAUAUAUUCCAUAACUUUCGGAUUAAUAGGUUUAGGAACUUCAUCCAUAUACUUUCUGAGUCUUUUAACUUGUUCAAAAAUCUACCCUCAUAAGAAAGGAUUAUCAAUAUCUUUACCAGUUGCAUGUUAUGGAUUAUCUUCACUUAUUGGAUCACAAAUUUUGAAAUUAUCAUGGUUUCAUAAUAAGGAGGGUUUGAAUCUUUCAAGAGUGUUUCAGUUUUUCGCCAUACUUUAUUUGAUCGUUGGUUCAUUAAAUUUCAUAUCUACUUCAAUAGUCAUCGAACAUAAGCAAUCAAAUAUUGAUGAAAAUACAGAAUUAAUUCCUAUAAGUUCCAUUGAACCACCAAAUCAUCAAGAGAAAUUCAUGAAAUUUUUGAAAUCUCCUGUCAUGUAUAUUUUACUUAUAUCAUUGUUCCUCAAUAUUGGUCCUUUAGAGACUUUCCAGAAUAAUUUGAACUCUAUUCUUAGAUUAAAUCAUUAUAAAGAUUUGAGUAAACAGAUUAGUUUAUUAUCAAUAUUUUCAACCAUAUCAAGAUUAAUUGUAGGUAUAACGUCAGAUUAUGUUAAUAAGUUAUUCAUCUUGGUGACGAUAUUAUUCCUCGGAAUUAUAAAUCAAUAUUUAUCCAUUAAUUAUGAUGUUGUCAGUUUAAUCACCAUAAUCAACGGAUUCAUCUACGGAGGGUUAUUCACCAUAUAUCCUACGAUCCUCUCAGAAAUAUGGGGAGUUGAUAUUUUGGGGUCAACUUGGGGAUUAUUCAUGAUAUCUCCAGCUAUAAGUUCAACCAUAUUUUCUUUAAUAUAUGGAUCGUUGUUGGAUAAUUUCAAUGAUAUUUCCCAAUACUUUAAAUUAGUUACAUUGUCAUUCACCAUAAGUUUCAUGUUGGCUAUCAUCGUAGCAGUGAAAAGGCUGAAGAAAUGA